AUGCUGCUAAACGGAGGUGCGGGCCUACAUGUAGAGCGGGUGAUCGCUGCUCUGCAACAACCGCGCCUUCGAGAAGCGCCCCUCUACCCAAAAUGGUCCCGUAAGAUACGCCCAGCAGGGGAUGGGGGACUCAAAACCCUUGAGGUUUAUGUAAUCACUGCUGCGAGCCGAACUGACAGGAAACUCAGAGAAGUGGGGACGGUGCUCGGCGAUGUGCGAGUGGACUGUUCGCGCUGUACGACAUCAAAGCU